GAUAUCCUCUUUCACUUCCACCUUCUUUUGCCGACGACCUUCUGGCCUCCUACUGUCGCUGUUUCAAUUUUCGCUGACGACGGUGGGGCCGAUUCCAGGGGUCCUCUGAGCUCCGCAGCCAAUUGCUGGCCUGUUGUACGUUUCAGUCUACGCGGUUCGCAUCCCUUCAAUUUUCGUGGACAGCUUGCCUCGCGCACCUUGAUAGCUCGCCAUUCAAUUGUGUGCGAUGCGCUGGCCGUUCCCCUUAAUUUCCUAAACAUUCUUCUGUUCCAGCUGUCGGGAGCAAAGCUCUAAGAAGAUGGGUGGCCUCAUAGUAUUGCUCGCGUUGAGCGUAAGUUGAUCACCAUUGGGACAGAACGAUGGCGUUUGCUGACAGUUGGAACAGGUGGUCAUGGCCGCGGCAUCUUUCCUGGCCGGCGCUGUCCCAUUGACCUUUACGCUGACCUCGUCGCAGCUCCGGCUCUUGUCGGCGCUGGGCGUGGGUGUUUUGGUCGGCACCUCCAUGAUCGUCAUCAUCCCAGAAGGGAUUGGCGCUGUCGCAUCCCCAAGCGAAGGAGGGCACACCCACAGGAUUCGGUCUGUCGCCAGGAGGAGCCCAUGGGAUCUGGGUGUGGACUUGGGCGCAUCGCUGCCCAAAGUGCGCUUUGCGGAGCCGGCUGUUGACAUGGCCAGCGAGGCAGAAGCCAUGGUGUUGCGAAGAGACGACGACCACGACCAUGAGCGCGAGCACGAGCACGAACACGACGACGAUGACGGCGACGAACAUGACCAUGCCGAGUUCCCUUCCUUUGAAGUUGGCAUAUCGCUUAUCCUCGGGUUCGUCCUCAUGUUCCUCAUAGAUCGCCUGCCGCGGCACGCCUCCUCUUCACGAAACAGCGUCCCAGCGACUCUGCACAUCUCAUUGGACAACCUCAACGGCAACGCGCCUGGCUCGCCGACUACAUCGAGCAACGACGUCGAGGCAACGUCUGGCGGCUCGCCUCCCGCGCGCAGCAUGGCAACGACACUGGGACUUGUCAUCCACGCGGCAGCUGAUGGCAUCGCCAUGGGCGCCAGCUCCACCACGGAGGACACCAAGCUCAGUCUCGUCAUCUUCUUUGCCAUCAUGAUCCACAAGGCACCGGCAGCGUUUGGCUUGACGAGCGUGCUUCUGCAGCAGGGGCUUUCCAAGCGAGCGGCUAGGGCGCACCUCAUCGUGUUCAGUUUGGCUGCCCCCGUCGGUGCCGUUGCCACGUGGACGCUGGUCACCAUGUUGGGCGGUGGUGGCGGCGGCGAGGACUCGAACUGGUGGACUGGCAUGCUGCUACUGUUCUCCGGCGGCACAUUCUUGUAUGUGGCCAUGCAUGCGAUGCAGGAGAGUGAACACGGCGGACAUGAAAGCCACGGGUCGAAUGGCUACACAGGGAUCGGAGGCCAGGCGCACGAGAAACCACAGGGUCCGCAGAUGAGGGACACUCUUGUGACCGUGGUCGGUAUGCUCCUGCCCCUACUCACACAGUUUGGUCGUCAUCAUCAUUGAUCCAGGAGAGGUCCCUUUGAUUACUGGUGCCUUUUCAUGGUUUUGAUAUCUCGCGGCAUAGAAUAUUGGCGAGAUUCUGUAUAGAGUAUUGCUUGGGUGAUUUCUUCUUUGGUAAAUUGCAUAUCUGAAACUGGUACGACCAAGCAGCGCGCUUCCUCGAUUCAGCUGUCUUUCUAGUCUACAAACCUCAGUGCUCCUGAACCUUCUUCUGUUGCUGUGACUGGACUAGUGGUCAUUGUGUCAGAAAGACACAGAGCGGAGAUUCCCCAUCCCCUCACAUUGUUUACCAUAGGACGGUCUUUCAUGCGUUCAGACUCCAGCAGCUCACAUGAAAACAUGCGCAUAGGGUAGGUAGACUAAAGUAACCGGGGCUACGUGCGGGUAGACAAGCGACUUUACAAAUCAAAUAUCACGGCGGUAAAAAGUGCACGCUAAUAGCUGAUAAUUUACGCCAUUCAAUCCUGAUGAAGCCCUACAAGUAGUACUCC